AUGGACGAGAAAUCGGAAAUGCAGCGCGAUGCUAUUGAUGAAGUGGAAAUGGAACCCUUGGUCCAUUGUGCAGACGUUGAAUGUGGCAGUUCAACCCCGCGAACUCCAAGGUCGGAGCCCCGCAGGUUCAUGUUGAUGAUCUCCCGUCGGAUCCUCUUGGCUUUCCGCGAUAUUUUACGGGUGACCAAUCGAUCACUAAAGUCCGGGGAGCCAAAUAUUCGCAAUGGGGGAUUAAUGGUACAUAUAUUUGGGUUCACGGCUUCUAAAAACGACUCAUUACGAGAAACAGCCUGGCUUGAUGGGUUACGAGGUGUAGCGGCAUUUUUGGUCAUGGUUUAUCACUACCACCUGGAUAUGUUUGCCUUCAGUACCGAAGCGCCAUAUGGGUCCCCUAACACUAAGCCAUGGGAAAUAUGGAGAUUGCCAUAUCUCAGAAUCAUCUGGUGCUCUGGCCAUACGCAAGUUGGCAUCUUCUUCGUCCUAUCUGGCUUCGUCUUGUCUUGGUCGAGCCUUUCUUCAAUUCGAGAAGGACGUCAUGAAAAGUUCUCGCUCUCUCUAAGUUCAUCGGUUUUCCGACGCUGGAUGCGUUUGUUCGUGCCAUGCUUUCUCAUCGGAAUACUCUCUCUGUUGCAAUUCUAUUUUGGCCUGAUAGAACUACCUGUGACCAGGGAGAAUACUUUCGUGGCACAGGUCAUGGAUUAUAUUUGGGAAUCUAUACGGUUUUCAAACCCAUUUCAACUGGAGCGAACAGGCUUUGAUGUCUUUCACAAAUACAAUCACACCAUGUGGACAAUGCCAGCUGAAUGGGCAGGGUCCCUUGCUGUCUUUCUCGUCCUUCUUAUGGUCAGCCGGAUACGCAGCUACACAAAACGAACGGUCAUCUUGGUAUUAAUACCUGCUUAUUGUUGUCUUUCAGCACAGUGGAACUACUGGCUAUUCACUACAGGAAUACUUCUCGCGGACUAUGUCAAGCAAGCUGGAGGAUUCGAUCAGCUUUCCGAACGAAUGACAGGCCGGUCACGCAUGUUCUGGAUUGUUGUCCUUCUCAUUGGCGGCUGGCUUGGUGGAAUUCCGCAGAAGAGAGAUUGGUAUGAACGUCCUGGCUAUGAAUGGACCGACAGCCUGGUUCCCAAGAACUGGCAAGACAUUGAUGGAGGGGGUCGAUAUCUCUGGUGUUGGUCAGGAAUCAUGACUAUUUGGGGGUUCUCACACUUUGCGACUCUGAGACGCGUCUUCGAAAAACCUUCUUGUCGAUAUCUGGGUAAAAUCAGCUUCAUGCUGUACCUCACUCAUCGUAUGAUUGGGACCAUUAUGGGCUACUGGAUACGCAAGCAGAUUCUCGGAGUCCUCGGCACGCCAUACUCCACUCCAGAAAAGCCGGAUGUUUUUCUGCUAGAAAUAAGGGGAUUCUUUUGGAAUAUUUUUGCCUAUGUUUUUGCAUGGGCUUGCAUGCUUCCAAUGGCUUUAGCUUUAGCGAAUUGGAGUACGAUUUUGGUGGAUGAGCCAAGUGUGAGGUUUGCGAAGUGUGUGGAUGAUAUCUUUGUCAACGGUUGUACUUCAGAGUAUGAGAUACGAGCAGCAUAAUUAGCCUGAUGGGCGUCAUCAAAUGAAAUCGUGUUGCUGGCACAGAUUCGAUCGAAACUGGACGCAGCACUGGACCCUCAAGCUACUCGGACCCUCUGACCAUUGUCAGCAAUACUCAGGACAUUGGAAGCCUGCGUUUUUAGGGUCCAGGUGACAGAUUCGAGCAUAUGUUCUUGACCAACAGUAUCGUGGAAGUCUUCCUAUACAAAAUUGUAAGUUUGUCGGUUUCUGGAAUUAUGGAGACCAGUUUAGCUAAGACAAAA